UGCCGGACUGAGGGGACGCUGCCGACCGAGUUCCGGCCCACGUCACCGACCGCCAAGUGGUGCGCUGAGAGCGUCGGAGCCAAGCCGGGCUGGUCAGGAUGAUCACGGACCUGCAGCUCGCCAUCUUCGCCAACAUGCUGGGUGUGUCGCUCUUCUUGCUUGUCGUCCUCUACCACUACGUGGCCGUCAACAAUCCCAAGAAGCAGGACUGAAGCGGCGCGCUCAGCCCCAGGGUUCCAGGACCUAGUCUGAGGCAAGAUGGAGGGUGUGAGGGCCUGCCCUCACCCUUCACUUCAUCCCUUCUACCCAUCACAACAUACAAAGCAACUACACCUGGAGUUUUCCAAACAACU